CUCCCCGUCCCCGUCCUCAACCCGUCCUCGUCCCCUCGCCCGCUCGCUCGCUCGUUGCUCAGAAGCGUCCACGCUACUACCAGCUCGGGCCUCUGCCCGCUGCCUUUUUCGUCUUCUAAACAGAUUUCUUGGAUAAUACAGCACGUGAACUAUCUGGUGGACGAAACUACUUAUUCGAUGGAUGCGAACGGAAAGGCACCGCAGGAUGUAGUUGCUAUCUUUCAUGCCGCAUUUCAUCCUACCCGGGGAAAUGUCGUCGAUUGGUCGCUCAGGGCUACCGACGACGUCGACCUGAGCCAUGUAGAAUACAGCUGCCUUCCGAGCGGACUGCACACGAUGGAGCGCGACGUUGUGUACUUCACGAAGGACGACUACCAAGGCGUCUGCGUUUUCCACCGUCAAGAGACCGCAGAGGAGGGGCACCGCGGUUAUCGCCUAUCCUCGCUCGGCAUCCUGCUAGCCCACUCUCCUCGCCCGCGACCUUGGUUGCACGUCCCCGCACUGAAGGCGCUCUUCCACACGAUACGGUCUUCCCUCGGAGACCGAGACACGCUAAUCCCUCUCGAGCACGACUGGGAGCCCGCGCGCGCAUUCUUCGAGCAGCGCAAGGCACGUCAACCAGACCUGGGCGGCGCAGGUGACUGGGGAGGCUGGAGCGCCGAACUCGAGGGGGAUAGCGCAGCGCUCGACACUGACCCGACAAUCCACCUGCCCCAUCUGCUGCGCAUACUCGGGCCCUCCUCGCUCACGCUGUACAAACACGUCCUCGGACGACGACGAAUACUGAUAUAUACCCUCCCGCCUGUCGAGGCUGCGUGUAUACUCUGCCAGGUUGCUGCGGACCUAUGUUACCAGUGCCAGAUGGGAGAGGCCGAUACCCCGAUUGACGAUGAUGAUACCCAACCAGCGCCGAAACUGAUGGGGAAGAGCACCGAAGGCGUGAAGGUGCUCGGCAUGGUCACGCUCAACGACUUGUCGAAGCUUGAGGGAGAGAGCAAGUCUAGCCGUGGAUGGAUUGCGUGCACGACGGAUGCCAUCUUCCUCGAGAAACCUUCAUGCUAUGACCUUCUCAUUGAUCUGCGGACGUCGACACCUAAUACCCGACCAGCAUUCUACGUGACGAAGCCCUGUGAACCGUCGGGGUCGAAGAUGCCGUCGCAUCGCCUGUCGGUGGUGCGUUUCACCUGGAGCGAUGUCAAGCUGUGGUCUGAAAUCGACCGGUUACUGCGGAUCGACGCGGGCGAGGAUACCGACGACUGCUGCGACCCAUCCUCAGGCAGUGGGAGACCGCGUACGAGGUCUGGCUCCUGGACAGAUAUCUGGCGCGUGUACGAGGACGUCUGUGUAGUGUGCGCAGGUCUAUGGAUGGGCUCCUGGCGAGGAAGCCCAUCAUAUCCCUGUAGCUCCAGCAACUGGGGCAGCCUCCGCCUGGAGGGCGAUGACGCGCUUUCGCUGCGCGUCCCCAAGACGUACGUGCGCACACUAGGUAUGGGGAUCGAAGGCCGCACGGUUGAGGCCUCAACAUCUACGACCCGCUCGCUACGCGGCAUCGCCAGGAACAGCGGCAUGUCGGUGUUGGCAUGGGCUAGUAGCAAGGGCGAUGCGCAGUCCGCUAGUACGAGCCUGUCAGCAGUCUCCGCUCGCCAGCUCAAGAACUCCGCGACAGUCACCCACUUCGAGGGCGACGGCAGCCGUCGCGCGCGGCAGGUCAUCACCACGCUCGCAUUGCUACAGACGUUCCACACCAAUACCUCCGUCACCCUCGUCCGCCUCGCUGAACUCGUCCCGCUAAGACGUGCACAAGCGCGAGCAGAGAGUGGGAGCCCCCUGGACGUGAUCGUCUUGACACCGAAAGAUGUCAUAUCGUUUGAGCUAGGUCCCUUCAGCGGGUUGGAUGCCAGGUUCAUAGAGUGGUUGGGUGACGAGUAUGGAGGCGGGUCGAAGGUCACAGUGCGACGCGGCUGGCGAGAUCUGGCGGGGCUCAUCUUCGGACUAGGUUAGAGCGGAUAUUCCUGAUAUUUGCGACGAGCAUGUUAUAGCCAUAUAUAUGUAGCUAUGAGUGUGUGUACCUACGAGUGUCAUUCUACGCAUGCAGCAUUAUCAUCAUUCUCGGUCUCUCAUCCUGGACCGGAGGAUGCAGUCGCUGAUAAGUACGACGAGCGUAACUGUCGCCCUUGCCUUCUCCAAUACUGAAGGUGUUCUUGAAUAAGCC